ACCAGACAUCUAUUUGCAUUUUAAUGCAUUCAAGCAUCAUCUCUAUUAUUACUUUAACCACCCCGUAAAUCUUUAGUUGGAUAGUUAAGAGCCGCAAAACUGCUGUCCACGUGGACUGGUGCUGACAUUUCUCGUCCGGCUGCAAGAGCCUCUUCACCCAAACCUAGAGAAAUGGCAACAAAUGGAACAAAAGUUUCUGAUGGGCAAAUCUCCACAGAACUCAGUGAUGCCUCAAUCACAAAUGACAAGCCUAAAACAUUGGUAGUGAAGGUGCAGAAGAAAAAAGGAGACAUUCCAGACAGAGACACCUGGAAGGGAAGAUUUGAUUUUCUUAUGUCCUGUGUGGGUUAUGCAAUUGGCUUAGGGAAUGUGUGGCGGUUUCCAUACCUUUGCGGAAAAAAUGGAGGAGGGGCUUUCCUGAUUCCAUAUUUCCUUACUUUAAUUUUUGCUGGAGUUCCCCUGUUCCUUUUGGAAUGCUCACUAGGUCAAUACACAUCAAUAGGUGGUCUUGGAGUUUGGAAGCUUGCUCCAAUGUUCAAAGGUGUGGGAUUAGCUGCUGCUGUCCUUUCCUUCUGGCUAAAUAUUUACUACAUUGUGAUUAUUUCCUGGGCCAUAUAUUACUUAUACAACUCUUUUACUACAAAUCUUCCCUGGAGACACUGUGGAAACACGUGGAACACGGAGAGGUGCUUCUCUAAUUACUCUAUAGCAAAUACCACCAACAUGACAAGUGCUGUUAUGGAAUUUUGGGAACGCAACAUGCACCAAAUGACUGAUGGAUUAGAAAAACCAGGUCAAAUCCGUUGGCCAUUAGCAGUGACACUAGCAAUUGCUUGGAUUUUAGUGUAUUUCUGCAUCUGGAAGGGGGUAGGCUGGACUGGAAAGGUGGUAUACUUCUCUGCCACAUAUCCAUAUGUCAUGUUGCUUAUCUUGUUCUUCCGUGGAGUGACAUUACCUGGAGCUAAAGAAGGCAUUUUAUUUUAUGUAACCCCUAAUUUUUCAAAGCUCUCAGACUCUGAGGUAUGGUUGGAUGCCGCCACACAAAUCUUUUUCUCCUAUGGUUUGGGUCUUGGUUCAUUGAUUGCUCUAGGAAGCUACAACCCUUUCAACAACAAUGUUUACAGGGAUUCCAUUAUAGUGUGCUGCAUAAAUUCAUGCACAAGCAUGUUUGCUGGUUUUGUUAUCUUCUCUAUUGUUGGAUUUAUGGCUCAUGUCACUAAGCGUGACAUUCAAGAAGUUGCAGCAUCAGGUCCUGGUCUGGCAUUUUUAGCCUAUCCAGAAGCAGUGACUCAGCUACCCGUCUCUCCAUUGUGGGCAGUACUGUUCUUUUCCAUGCUGCUUAUGCUUGGAAUAGACAGCCAGUUCUGUACUGUUGAAGGAUUCAUAACAGCUCUAGUGGAUGAAUUUCCAAAGUUGUUGCGAACUCGAAGAGAGAUUUUCAUUGCUAUUGUGUGUGUUAUUUCCUAUCUGAUAGGACUGUCCAAUAUUACUCAGGGUGGAAUAUAUGUAUUCAAGCUUUUUGACUAUUACUCUGCAAGUGGAAUGAGUCUCUUAUUUCUUGUAUUCUUUGAGUGUAUCUCCAUAUCCUGGUGCUAUGGUGUGAACAGAUUUUAUGACAACAUCCAGGAGAUGGUUGGAUAUAGGCCUUGUAUCUGGUGGAAACUCUGCUGGUCUUUCUUUACUCCAAUCAUUGUGGCAGGUGUAUUUAUCUUCAGUGCUGUCCAAAUGACUCCUCUCACUAUGGGCAAUUAUGUAUUCCCAAAAUGGGGCCAAGGUGUUGGCUGGUUCAUGGCUCUAUCAUCUAUGGUGCUGAUUCCAGGAUACAUGGCAUAUAUGUUCCUUGCUUUAAAAGGUUCCUUAAAACAGCGAAUCCAAGUAAUGAUUCAGCCCAGUGAAGACAUUACUCAUCCUGAAAAUGGACCUGAACAAGCCCAACAGAGCAAUUCUGCAAACAAAGAAGCAUAUAUAUAAAUCUGUGUCUUUGAAAUGAUACAGACCUUCUUCUGUGGGAAGCACAUACACAAAGGAAACAUGGUUGAAUAUGACCACAAAUUUAUGUCUGAGAAUAAUAUUACCUACCUCUAGUGGCACAAAAGACCAUCACCACUAUAAGGGAAGCAAUGUUGGUAUGCUCAAACCAUUUUGUGGGCUUAGGUGUUGACAAUGUUUUUAUGUUUUCUGGGAAUCCAUAGACUGUUAACAUUUUUAUUAUCUCUUGGUAAGAGUUGAAUACCUUUGAAAUUUAUAAACAACAUGUAGGCCAUUUUUAAUCUACAUUUUAGUGCAACAAUUUGACAUUUUUUGCAGCUGGCUUUUAGUAGUUUAUUAAUAAAUUUCUUACAGUUUGAAUCCCGACUGUUAUUUCUGGGGACAGUUAAAUUAGAAAGCUGUUUUGUAUACACCAGCAAAGCAUUUUUACAAAGAAAAUAACAGUAAAAAUACUGCCCCCCAAACAUUAACCAGUUUUAUUUCUGAGUUGUUUUUUUCUAAUUUUCUUGACAAUCUCCUUACCUGCAGAGGUUUAUUGAACCAUUCACAUAGAAAUACUACUAGGAAGUUAUUUCUAAAUAUACAGCAUGGAAUAAAUUGGAAAACUACCUAUCUAUCUAUUGGCCUCAAAACUUCAGUAGGUAACCUUUAUUUUAUAGUGAGAUAUCUUUUAGAAUAUUUUCAAUGGAAGAGCCAUCUUUCAAAAUAAUGUGAACUUUAUAAAUAGAAUCAGUCGUAUUGAUAUAUACUUACAUCAAAGUGUGACAAGCCCCUUUUUCAAAGGUUGCCAUAAUAAAGCUGUACAAAUUAUUAUUUCAGACAGAUUAUGUUUCACUUUAUGUUGCACCCAUCAACAGGUUUAACACCUUUCCACCAAAACAGAAUCAAACAAAUGGCUUAAGUAUUAAAAUAUUCCCUUUGAAUAUAACUUAGGGCUUUAAAAUGAGCGCUGAUCAACAGUUUUUAACUAGCAAGCAUAUCUAUCUAUAAAGCACUUUGAAAACAGAAUUUUAUUGCUUGGUUUUAUUUAUAUUUGUGUUUUACAUGGUGAUGAUAGACAUAUGAGAAAAACGUUUUGCCAUAAAUAACUCCAUUCUGGGCUCUAUCAUGCAUUUUCUACACAGGCGUCCAAGACUAAUGGAUUUCGUCCUGUGUAGAACAUUGCAAGGCUAGAGAAUCCAUAAUGGCAACUCUUGUUUGGCAGCUAUAAGACUGACAGUGAGGAUCAUGAGAAAAGUGGUAUGUGAUGUUUGAUUUUAAAUGACUGUGACAGAACUGUGCAAUGAAACAUGCUUUUUAGCAAAACCUUGUGCAACAUACAAUGUUAGAUAGCACACACUUUAUGUAGAACCUACUAUGUGAACAUGUUAACUGUGAAUGUUGGGUUUUUUGUUGUUUUUGUCUGAAAGUAACAAACAUGUUCUUGCAAUAAGGUAUUAUUCUCAGAAUGUCAAGCACAUUAUUGUAGAAAAUAUAUAUAUGCAUAUAUUUCAACCUGACAGAUAAAAUAUCAUAAAAGAGUAUUGUUUAGUAGAAUCUAAACUGUUUCAUACAGUAGGUCAACUGUAAAAUAUUCAGAAAUCUAUUAUACAUGCUAAAUGUCUCUAGAUGAACUCACAAAUAAGUCCAAAUGUCUUGUAGAUUUUCAGGGUUUAGAAAAAAAGAAACUUAUGUCAUACUUGCAUAUCACUCAUGCUUCAUACACAUUAUAUGUGAAUUUUAUUAGAGUUAAGAUACAAAUUCAGAUUUUAUCUUUAUUGUUUCUGUAACCAAGUCCCAUGUUGUUCUAAGAAAAAAUGCAGUAUCAAUGUUUGAUUGUAAACCAGUUAUGACAGAUGUUUGACAGAUUUGCUCUUCAGCAAAACUCUGUACAAACUGUCAUCAUAUAUAGCACAAAAAUAGUGUUGUAGAACUCCUGUGUGUAAACUGUGAAUAGCUGUAUCUUUUUGUAGUAUUCACCCUUAAAAAAGAAAGAUUAUAUGAUCAUAUAUGCUUUUUGCAAUAAUUAUUCUCUAAACAACAAGCAAAUUUAUCUCUAUUUAAUAUUAUAUAUGUAAUAUAUACAUAUUCUAAUAUAGAGAGAGAGUCUGUUUUAAAAAAAAAGAUUACAGUAUAAUUUAGAAAAUUGCAACUUGUUCUAUGGACCAAAUGUAAAAUAUUUAUAAAUUAAGAUGCAUUUUAACUGUCCAUAAAUGGUGUCCUAACUAAAGCACGGUUGUUAUGUAACUUUA